UGAUCAAUUUAUGACACCCGGUGGGAAAAGUAUUGUGGAAUUCGCCACGUGAGUAAAAAGAAAAAAAGUAAUUGCUUGAUCUUGUCAACCGAAUUUAGAUGAUCCUUUGACCUUUAGUUAGUGAAUCACUCAUGGCUCGAAUCACUCGUCAGUCAGGUGCUAUUCAUGGUGAAUCUCCUCAAGAAUUUGUUAAAAAAAUAAUCAAUUACCUUUAUAUUUACCGGUAACAAAUAAUUUCUAGAUACCCCAAAAAUGGUUACUAUUGAUGGGAACAGGGCUGUGCCGAGGAAUAGUAGCGCUCGGGGCGAAGCCUGAAAAUGGCGCCAACCAAUAUAUAGAAAAAAAAGUGCUGCCCGGGCGGACAAGAAAAAAGAAGAUUUUUUGGCAACCCCUGUCUUGUGAAGUAGGCCUACAUAGAAUGUUAUUAUUCAUGGUCCUUUCUGUUGUUGUUGUUCGUCCGUCGAAGAUCGACUAGGACCAUCGAGUGGUCCGGUGCUGGAUGACUUGCGCGGGUGACUUUUUUUAUUUGUUUUUUUUAAAGCGAUGAAGAGUUGUGCGGCGUCAACCUCACUCUCUCGCCCGGGCCCAUCAUGUCCAGUGGCAAGACUAUGUCAAGACGACCAGAGAUGGGUACGGAUGCAGGAAUUGUUGAAUUCUUUCAUUGUAUACGCCUUACGGGACUCCAUCUCCGGGUUGAAUUCAGAGUUUGCUUCUCUUAGAUGAGUUGCCGACCAAGAUUAACGAGUCCCAUCCACCCGGGAUGCUGGUGAUGUUUUUGCUUGACUGGCCUUUGGCUGGAAUUGAACUCCAGACCACCAACUUUAGGUUUGCUCAGUUUAGACCAUACGGCCUAUCUAAAGGCGAAUUGGGCACCCUCUCCCUUUGAUGUCGGCGCCUGGGGAAAGUGCCCCUUUCUUUCGGCCCUGCAUGAAGAUGCCGCAAUGAAUACUUGUGUACCGCGGGGUAUGAGUGAGCACCAAAAAAUAAUUGUUAACGGAUCCGCGCGUAUAAGAAAUACACAUGUUUAAAAAUUGGCUUUGAAAGUUUUACAAUCGGCUUUUUUGCGCAACAUUUAUAGUGUUUUUGUUUGUUUGUUUGUUUGUUUGUUUUUUUAAAUUUUGGUUGACUUUUGUAUAAUUAUACGUACUUAAAUUGUAGGUCAAAAAAUGAAGUUGGUUUAAGGUGCCCACGAAGACUUCUGUACUCAUCUUUUUUUCUUCUCAUGUUGAAGGUACGAUGACUACCUGGGCAGUCAGGUUACCUCUGACGACCUCGAACUGCUCGAGGACAUCAACGUAGCCAGGAAACUCGUGCAGCUCGGAUUCAGAGGUCCGACUGAAGGCUUCUCAGAAGAUGAUUUUAAUGCCCUGAAGGCUACCUUUGAAGUAAACAAAGCUGCCCAGAGUGUGGUGAGUAUUCAGCGGAUUGAAACAAAAUGAGGACUCCGGAUUCUGAGCUGUAACACUCUGGGCUUGUUAUGCCGCACCAUGGUGGAUCUUCUUUUGUGGAUAAGGGCGGGUCAGGGUGGAUCUUCUUUUGUGGAUAAGGGCGGGUCAGGGUGGAUCUUCUUUUGUGGAUAAGGGCGGGUCAGGGUGGAUCUUCUUUUGUGGAUAAGGGCGGGUGGAAUAAAACAUAACUUUAAAAAAUAUUUAAAUAUCUCCUAAUAUUUACAUGUAUUGUUCAAUCGUUCAUGUGUUUGCUUGGGUUCGUUAGUUGUGCAGCCUGUGUUCUACAUUCGUCAUUAUUGAGAUAACCACCAAUACAGACCAGCAGCUGUUUUUGCCACGCCAUCGUCCGUCUAGAGCAGUGGUUCUCAACCUUUCUAACGCCACGACCCUUUAAUACAUUUCCUCAUGCUGUGGCGACCCCCCAACCACAAAAUUACUUACGUUGAUACUUUAUAACCAUAGAGUGUGUGUUUUCAGAUGGUCUUAGGCGACCCCUGGUAAAGGGUCGUGCGACCCCCAAAGGGGUUGCGACCCACAGUUUGAGAACCGCUGGUCUAUUAGGAAGUGACGGGAUUUCCCGUUGCUCUCGCGUGACUGAAGGCUGGCAAAUAAAGUCCAUCCCUAGUUACAAUGACAACAGAAUGUUAUGAUUAUGCCAUGCUACUGUAAUAAGAUAUCAGCCGUAUUAAUAUGCCGUUGUACAUUGUGAAUCUCAGAAAACGGUACUUGGCGCUGGCAGGACUUACGAAGAUAAUUUCGUCCGGGUACUGCAGAUGAGAGAAGAAGGGAACAGAAGUGGGAAGAAUGCAUCCAUCCUUUUCAUACGAACACUCAACGGAAAAGGCAAGUAUUUGAUAGGAUAAGUACCAGGAGAGGAUACAAUUGCUGAAGGGCGUGAGGUGACCUUGUGUCACAGAUCAGUAGCAGCGUUAACAUGGGUCAUUGUAGGUGUUUCGCGAAGAUGUCCCUGGGGGUCUGGAUUGAGAUUAAGGGCUAUUGGUGAUAAAUACAGGGUUUUUUUUGUUGUUUUUUUUGGUUGUUUUUUUUAACAGCAAAUCUUAUCUUUUCUCUUAAGGCCAGGAAGUUUCUGGUUACAUAGAUUAUGCCCACAGACUUGCCACGGAGGAUUUCAGGCCAAUUUUUAAUCUGGAGAAACGCCUCAUGCCCAAACCAACGGAUCUAAGUUUCUUUAACUGGGACUCAAAAAUUGUUCAAGGAAUGAACUCUCCGAACUAUGAGGUAAUUUGAAAACUAAUAGUUGGUGAUUUAAAAUUUAAAAAAAAAAAUAAAAACUUUUUUUUUAAAAAUGGGGGUUGGGGGGUCCGGAAGAGCUGCUUCCUCACUGUAAUGAUACGGAUAACCAGAUUGUCACAUACAAACCAGGGACGUCAUUUUGCGUAAGGGCAGUGUGGGGCAUUUGCCUGCCCCCCCCCUACCCGGACUUUACAGGUUUUAUUUAAAUUGCUAUGUACUGUGGCGCCUCCCGUAAUAAACAACUUAGAAGCCGACCAAGUUUUGAUUUUUGCUCCCCACACCCUGAAAAAAAACUUGAAAUGACGCCCAUGAUACAAAAGAGAGAUAAUAAAGUUGUUAUUUACGCACAUGGUCAUUUUAAGAUAUUUUACUCUGUUAAACAAGUGGAUCUUUUGCUGACCCCACUAUCAUUAUUUUUAUCGACCUUCCAUAGGCCGUUCCUAUAACAACAGAUUUUAAAGCUUAAAUGGACUGUGACACUUUUUUUUAAUGGUUUGCCAAUUUGAAAACAAAAAACCAUCAUGAAGCCAAGUGGUUUAAACAUGUUUUUUUUUUUAAACUUUAAAUUAUCAAAGAUUACCACUUUGAACAACCAUUCUUAUAUAUAUAUAUAUAUGUAAAUUAAAAAACAAUUAUUGUAUAUUUUGAUUUAUUAUCAUUAUUUUCUUAAUUUUAAAGAUUAGAACUGCUUUUUUGCAUUGCCAAACAACUGGAAGCCUAAUAAGAGUUGAAUCACUACGCCCACAGGUUAUUGCAAGUUUUCUCAGCGGAAUGGUUUUCAGGAACAGACGCGAUGGUAAAAUGGUCAACCCUGACCCUUCCCUCAACUCCCCCGGGGACAACUCUUCCAAAACCAUGCUCCACAGCGAGCUCUAUCUUCAAGCGUUCGUCAUGGACCAUUUCCAUCGGAAGUGACCCCCGCUUACAACUCACGCCAACGACGCAAAAUCUUAUCCGCGCUGUCCACCAGAUGUGUUUGUCCGCGUGGGGACCGAGAAGUUCCGAUCUAAUUCUAUAAACCAACAAUAUGGAAUUAGUGGUUUAAUUGACCAACGUUCUGGGCGAUAUUAUUAGGGUGACGGGUUAGGGGGAGGAGGGUUAACAGUUUGAGAGAGUUACAGACUAAUUUAAAAGUGUGAUUCCAGGUCCAUUGGGUGUUAAGGUGGGGGG